GUGAAAACGAAUUUAAUGGUGUAAUUUCAAAUAAGGACAUUCAUGCGUGACACAUUUAACCUUAGUCGAAGCAUCCUUGUCGCGGCCCGAUUAAGGUAAAAGAGGGAAAGAAUCUUAAUAUACUAUUUUAUCACCGGUUCUACAUCUUUUCAUACUCGUAUAACAUCACACAUACUACGUCAAGGUAAAUCAGUGUUUCAGUCAUGGGUGUUGUUGACUGCCUUUUUUAGGUGAAUUAGGUACAUAUCUUUGCCGAUAGUGCUGUUGCGCUAAACGAGAAGAAUACAAAUGGGAAUGCUAGCUACUUGUGUAAAUUUCAUGGACGCUCGGAGCGUUGGAAGGUAGAUAUUUUCCAUUGACAGAUAGGCAUGAGUGCUUCAUCGAAAAAUGUUGUCGUUGUGGUUUGACAACUUUGUUGUAUAUUAUGACAAUUUAUCCAUGUACUACGUUGUAAGUGUAAUUAUGUCAUUCAUGGCACUUUUUCUGGCGUGGUGGUACAGUUACUACAGUAAUGGAACAGAACUAACUUCUGACCAAGCUCUGAUGAGCGAAAAUAUCCAAUGUGAAGGCGCCGUAUCUAAGAGCGGACUGCUAAAGAAAAUAAAAUUGGCUCGUCAGGAGGCAAUUGAACAAGAAUUGGCAGCAGGACUCACAGACCAGCAGCUCCAGCAAGAGAAAGAAACAGAACAGGCUCAGUUGGCUGCGAUUUUUAAAUUACUGCAGGAGCAAGAGGAAAAAUUUCAAGUAUCUUCAAUGGAGGAAUUGCAGGAGCAGCUGAAACUUUAUCGCCGAUAAAAGGAGCUAACUAAUUCUGCUGCUGAAGAAUGUAUAAUUUAUAAUUCACAGGUCCAUUUGUUGUAUGUAACAUGAAGGCAGUUACUUUCUUAAAAUGGAACACAGUUGGUGCUAAAAAAUGUUAAAAUGCACUGAUAUGCAUAAACUAUUUUUAUAUGUCCUUUACAAAUGUGAACAAAUGAUUUGCAUAAUAUUUAUAAAAGAUGUAAUAAAAGUUAUUUGUUGUAUGA